GAUCGCUAACAGCCGCUUGAUCGCUAACAGCUACUGGUCGCUAACAGCUACUGGUCGCUAACAGCUACUGGUCGCUAACAGCUACUGAUCUUAGGCAGGAGUUUGUUCAGCCAACCAGACGACAGUUACGACAUGAUAUCUAUCUCUCUAUCUAUAUUAGAUAUAUGUGUGUAAGCAAAAGUAUUGAAAGUUUUGCGAACAAAAGACAUGAAAUCUUGUUUUCAGACUGAAAGUGUGUGCUCUUGAAUUAUGGCAAGAAAAUUGCCCCAUAUAUUUGUUGUUGAAGCCCACAGAACCAGAAGGACUGGUACCGGCUUUGUUCUAGACUCGGACCUGCAGUUUUACUCUGAAAGCCUGAGACCGGAAGCAGAUCUCUGCGGGUCCCUUAAGCGGACGCGCUUCACGCUGUUCACUGAGCUUGGACUUUGCUGCCGGACGUGUCGGACCGAACCAUGGACCCGCUUUGCGCUCGGCUCUGACCUCCAGCCGGGUCCCGGAGCUCCAGCAUGGUGCCGCCGGGAAACGAGUCGUACAGCCGGGCUGAGACCAACCGCACCGCGGGGGAGCCCGGGCCGGAGGUGGUGAUCGUGCCGCUGGUGUUCGGGCUGAUCUUCGUGGUGGGGCUUCUCGGGAACUCUCUGGUGAUGCUGGUGAUCGGCAGGGUGAAACCCAGCGGGGGCGCGCGCCCGCUCAGCCCCACCAACAUCUUCAUCGUGAACCUGAGCGUGGCGGACCUCCUCUUCCUCCUCUUCUGCGUCCCGCUCCACGCCACCAUCUACUCCCUGCCAGAGUGGGUGUUCGGAGCCUUCCUCUGCAAGUUCGGACACUUCUUCACCACGGCCAGCAUGCUGGUCAGCAUCCUCACGCUGGUCGCCAUGUCCGUGGAUCGCUACAUCGCCGUUGUGCGCUCCAAGAGCUCUGCGUGGAUCCGCAGCCGCAGGAACGCGCUGGCUGGGCUGUGCGUCAUUUGGACCCUGUCCCUGCUGUGUUCGGUACCGGUGGCGCAGAACUACGUGCUCACCAGCCACUCCAGCGCCCCGAACAAGACCUUCUGCUGGGAGGCCGGGCUGGGAGCGUCGCGCCGCGCCUACAAGGUGUCCAUCCUGCUGCUGGGCUUCAUCCUGCCGCUGCUGCUCAUCUGCUGCUGCUACAUCAGGGUUUUGUGCCACCUGCAUAAAAAGAUGAAGAACAUGUCCAAGAGGUCCGAGCUGUCCAAACGAAAGACGGUCCAGACCAUCCUCCUGGUCGUCACCGGCUUCACCGUCUGCUGGAUGCCGCACCACAUCGUCGCCAUGUGGGUGGAGUUCGGCAGCUACCCGCUGAACGACGCCACCUUCGCGCUCCGCAUCGUGUCCCACUGCCUGUCCUACGGGAACUCCUGCAUCAACCCCAUCCUCUACGCCUUCCUGUCCGAGAACUUCCGCAAAGCCUGCCGCCAGGUGUUCGCCCGCCACCUGCUCUUCACGCCGCCGGCCGACGGGAGAGUGGUUCGAUUCCGUAUGGACAACUUCUCCACCACACACUCCAGCACCAACAUCUGAAGGAGAAGCUGGAGGUCCUGCCGGUCACAUGACCAGGGAGGCUGCUGGUGAUUGGCUGCUGUGGUCGGCCUGCAGCUGAAGGAGAACCGGAUUCAGCUGGAUCCGAGUUCAGGAGCCAAGAGUUCAGGAGCCAAGAGCGGAGAACUGAUUUAUUUUGGAGAGAAUUUUUCACAAACUGAUCAAUUAUUUUAUUUAAUGUGUAAAGUUUCACUCCAACAGAGACAAACCAAGUCAGAGGUUCUAAUUUAUAGCACAUUAAAAUAAAUACAUGAAAGCUGCCAUGUUAACUCCGACUUCUGAAGGUGUGAACCAUAAAUAAAGUUUCUGAAGAAAGAUCGAUUUUCAGUCUGUCUCAAAGAUAUUUGAUGGUUCAGAUCCAAAUUUCAAACCCAGACCGUGAGGCCAGAAACCGUCCGCUCAACAAACAUCUGGAUCCUGAUGCAGAUGUUUUGUGGAGACCCAGUGGCUCCAGGUUUCUAUCCCAUAAUGUUCCACUUUCUGUCUCUUGUCCUUCUACCACUUCAGAGAUUCCAGAGUUCAGAGUUCAUCCAGCGGUUUCUGCCUUCAGCCCACUGGGCUGGAUCCAGAUGUUUCACAGCUGCAGAAGUUUUUCUCUCUGGUCCUGAAAGGUAAAACUCACCUGCAGACUCUGCUGGUUGGUUCCAGACCCCGGAGUCUGCUUGGCUGGCUGCAGGUCAAACCAUAGAAACUUCUGGGAAAUCCAGUCAAAGGUCUCAUCACAGGUCCAAAUGUUUAGUCCAAGGAUUCCACACUGAUGCUCCUGAUAAUGACAAUACAACCAUAGACAUGAACACUAGACGCCUCACUGAGUCCAUCUUGAAUGUGGCAGCAGAGGAUCGGAGCUCCUUCAGUCCUUUGCUUUGUGUUUCAACCGUUUUACGAAACAAACUGGAUUCAUUCUCAUUACCUUCCCAGGUCAGAAUGAAAGAUCAGAAUCACUUUGCAGCCAGAAACUCGCUUCUAAACAACCGGAAAAUAUUUCCUAUGUAGCUAAAU